AUGGCCUCCCAAACCUGGACCCCGCCGGACAUAUCCGAAGUAUGCCCCGAUCAGAUCGCCCCUCUGACCCAGUGCUCGCAAAUCGGCUUCAUGUACUUAUCGUUGCUGGCUCAAUUAUUCGGGAAUUCGUAUGACCGACAAAUAUACAAAAACCCGUACAGGGAUUACGGUGGGUCGCGGAGUUCGGAUUACGCUCGUGGAAUUCCAUUAGGGCCGGUCGUGGAUUCGGGUAUCGAUAAAUCACACACGGCUGUGGGGCCGCUGCUGAAAAUGGACUUCUCCAUCGAUCACAACAGUGAGAUACACAGUCGCGAGCCCGCAGACAGUCACGCCUAUUCGGGAUCACCGUUCCACUCGAAGCCGGAUGUAUUCGAUUUCCAAAAGCCGGAUUUUAAAUUUUCCUCCUUCGAUUCGCCGGUUUUCGAUUUUAAUUAUGUUUCUAAACGUUUUGCGGAUGCCGAAGCAGCUGACAGCAAAGUGAGUGUUCGAGAAAAGAAAGUCACGAAGAAGGAGAGCCGGAAGAAGAGAGAAGCAAGAGUAGAAGAAUAUGAUUUUAUUGUUGUCGGAGCUGGAUCUGCGGGCUGCGUCGUCGCUAAUCGUCUCUCUGAAGUCAAGAAGUGGAAGGUUUUGCUACUUGAAGCUGGUCCAGAAGAGCCAGACGUUACCAGCGUGCCAGGUUUUGCUCCAGCACUGGCUAGGUCAAACAUCGACUGGAAUUAUCGAACUCAACCCGAGGAGUUGACGUGCAGAGCACAGCGAGGGCAAACUUGUGCUUGGUACAGUGGACGUGUUAUGGGAGGGUCGAGUGCUAUAAAUUAUCUUGUAUAUAUGCGAGGUAAUAAAAAAGAUUACGAUGAUUGGGCCGCCUUAGGUAACUCAGGUUGGACCUAUGAAGAGGUACUGCCUUACUUCAAGAAAUCCGAAAACAACAGAGAUAUUGAAGCAAUGGAUAAAAAAUAUCACGGCGUCAACGGCCCUCUUAAUGUUGAACGUUUUUCAUACGUCGAUGACAAUGUCGUAAUGUUAGUAAACGCAUUCAAUGAAACUGGUCUACCUCUAGUUGACUUCAAUGGUCAGCAACAAAUAGGUACAAUGACAGCACAAACAACUUCAGCAAACGGGAAGAGAGUCUCAACGAAUACUGCCUUCAUAAAGCCAAUAAGAAAGAAAAGAACCAAUCUCACAGUACGUACUAACGCUCGGGUGACUAAAAUUUUAAUAGAACGCCACAAGAAAAUGGCUAAUGGAGUUAAAUAUAUUAAAAACAACGUUUGGUAUAAGGUAUAUGCAAGAAAAGAGGUGAUACUAAGUGCUGGUGCACUGAAUUCCCCUAAAAUUCUAAUGCUGUCUGGCAUUGGACCGAAAGACGUAUUAGAAGCAUUAAAUAUAUUUGUGAUUAAAGAUUUAAAAGUUGGUCACAAUUUACAAGAUCACGUAACCACCAAUGCCAUGUUAAUGUCACUGACGAACAAAACUUCUACUACGAUACCGGCUAACCAGAUUAUAAACCAGGUAAAAGAAUAUUAUAAAACUAGGAAUAGAAACCACCCACUUUCAGCUACUGGACCUUUACAGCUAACUGCUUUUAUGAGAACUAAGUUUGCAGACAAAGACGAAUCCUUACCAGACAUUCAAGUACAUUUCGACGGACGUAAUUCUAAAGAGUUCUAUUCAGAUCCAACAAAUUAUUUAGAAACAAAUGUAUUACCAUUCUCCUAUUACGACAGUAUAAACGUCAGACCAAUACUGUUGGUGCCAGAAAGCAAAGGAUAUUUGACUUUGAAUAAAACCCAUCCUGUUUUCGGUCAACCUUUGAUAUAUUCAAGGUUUUUCACCGUAAAAAAAGAUAUGGACACUUUAGUAGCGGCCUUAAAAUCUAUUACAGAAUUGGAAAGAACCAAAUCCUUUCGAGAAAACGGCGUUAAAUUUAUAAGGAAUACAGUCAGUGCGUGCAAACCAUAUAAAUGGGGAAGUUAUAAAUAUUUUGCGUGUUUAUUUACAAGAUAUACCUCGACGAUAUUUCACCCAUCGGGUACAUGUAAAAUGGGACCGAGUGAUGAUUUAGAAGCAGUUGUAAAUCCUAAACUGGAAGUGUAUGGUAUUAAGCACUUAAGAGUGGCUGAUGCUUCUAUUAUGCCGAGAAUAGUUCGUGGAAAUACAAAUGCCCCAGUUAUAAUGAUCGGUGAAAAAAUAUCUGAUCUAAUUAAAGACAGAUGGAAAGAUUGUACGGAUUGA